AUGACAAACAAUAAAGUGAGACGACGAAUACCAGGCGAACAAACAGAACAUGGACAGGGCAUCAAGUUCGACACCCUCUACGACAAUGACUAUGUCGUGGGAAACAACCUCACAGAUGAAAAGAGAGCAGAACUCAACAAGAAUGCUGCCGAGAUCAACGAAGCCCACUUUGAUUUCAUCACCGACGCCUAUCAGAACGGACGGGGCAACGAAUUCCACUUCAGCGGCUAUCAACCCGGUGAAUCCUGGGCCACAGCCGCAGCCCGCCACGAACACUACCUAGCACUCAUUAUGGAAACCAACCCCGGUAUGAAGGUUCUCGAUCUAGGUUGUGGUGUCGGUGGUCCCGCACGUGAAAUGGCCAUCUUUGCUGGAGUCUACGUCACUGGCCUCACCAUUAACGACCUACACGUCGAGCGGAGCAACGUGCUGAAUAAGCAAGCGAAUCUGCAGGACCAAGUGCACAUGGUUAAAGGCACGUUUUCCGACCUUCCAUCUGUCGAUGAGACGUUCGACAUGGUUUUUGCCAUCGAAAUGUUAUGUUGUGCACCGGAUCAGCAUCAAGCGUAUAUCGAAGCCUUACGAGUGUUGAAACCUGGGGGUAAGAUCGGUAUCUUGGAUUGGGUCAUAACUGACAAGUACGAUGAUUCUAGUGCAGAACAUCGCAUGAUACGAGGGAGGAUUGAAAGAAAUGGGGCCGUGCCGCACAUGAUCACGCCCAAGACUAGGAUUGCGGCAUUGGUGAAAGCGUGUUUUGAAAUGGUUCGCGAAGAAGAUCGUGCUACUGCUAAGGCUAAUCCGAUACCUUGGUGCGUCUUCGGCAAACGUACCAGAGCCUCAUCGCGUGACCUUAUACAACACCAUCGAAUCCUCACAACCCGAAAACCAACAAUCGAGAUGUCUUCCAAACCAGCGGUCAUAUCCGUAAUCGGCUCCCUGAAUGUCGACCUCGUAACCCGCACACCCCGCGUCCCCACUGGCGGUGAAACCCUGACCAGUGAAUCUUUCAACAUUGGCUGGGGCGGGAAAGGCGCCAAUCAAGCUGUCGCCUGUGCCCGUCUCUCACGCACCAAAGCUCAAGCUUCGUCAUCUCAGACUUCCGAUGUGGAAGUACGUAUGGUGGGUGCAGUGGGUGAUGAUGAGUUUCACGAGGGUUUCCUGAAAGCUUUGCGAGAGGACGGAUUAUCGACAGAGAAAGUACAGAUUUUGAAAGGAAAAAAGACGGGUGUUGCCGUUAUCAUUGUUGAGACCGGCUCUGGGGAGAACAGGAUCAUGUUCUGUCCUGGUGCCAAUGGGGAUGUGAAAGUGCAAGAUCUUGUCGAUGAGGAUGCAGGUGUUGCGCUAUUCCAACUGGAACUGCCGUUGGAGGUUGUGUUGCAUAAUAUGAAGACCGCAAGGGAGAAAGGUGUCGAGACUAUCAUUAACCCAGCGCCUGCGAUACCGUUGCCAGAAGAGGCUUACCACGGCUUAGGCCACCUCAUCGUUAACGAGACUGAAGCUGCGAUCUUAUCGGGCAUCGAGAAGCCAACUUCGUGGGACGAGGUUGCUGCUGUGUUUAUUGCGAGGGGCGUCAAGAACGUUAUCAUCACGCUUGGUGGCGAGGGUGUGUUCUACAAGACCGCAAAGCAACAGGAGGCAUCUCAGCAAGGUCACAUUGUGCCAGCACGUAAAGUCAAGGUUGUCGACACUACAGCCGCUGGUGAUACGUUUGCUGGCGCGUAUACAGUUGCUGUUGCACGCUGGAAAGCUAUGGCGCGAGGAGCAGAUUUCGAUCUCGAUACUGCCAUUGCGCAUGCUAACAGGGCAGCGUCUAUGACGGUGCAGAAAGCAGGUGCGCAGUCCAGUAUACCGUGGGCCGACGAAGUACCAGAGUCAUGA